AUGGCAGCUUUUGACAUGUCUCUCCCAGAAGCAGUUGUUUCCCCAGGUAAGGGGUAUUGACUUGUCUGUUAUGAGAAAAUCUUGAUGACCAGCAAUUAAGCGGUAGUUUUUUUAUUCUUCAGGUGGUGUUGGUUUUGAUAUCAAUUGUGGUGUAAGACUGUUAAGGACAAAUCUUGAUGAAAAGGACGUUCGUCCUGUUAAAGAACAGAUAGCUCAGGUUAGAGAAAUACCCAAAACAACUCGGUGA